CAAACCGGAGUCAAACUGAGCCGACGAGCAGCCGGAGAAAAGUUAACGGACUCUCAGAGGAUCUGGAUUCUGCCUCAGAUUCCUGCAGACGGACUGAAAUCUCCAUCAUCCAGUCCGACGGUUUUCAUUUUGGAGCUGUUAGUGAAGUUAUUGGAGGUUUAUCAGCAGAAAACCAUCGACAUCUUCAGCUGAAAACUCCUGUAAACCUUCUUCUGCACUGAGGAUCCAGUUUUUGAUUCUUUGUCAGUUAAAUUUGGUUUGAUUGGAAUGUAGGGAGACUUUAGAACCACAGAAAAUUAAACCGACUUUGCAUUUGUUUGUUUUUUUGGUUGAAUAAUCAUCGUUUCUUAGUUGUUUAGUUGUUUGGAAUAUAUUCCUGAGAUAUCUUGUGCUUAUGAGGAGUUUUUCUAUCAGAGAAAAGUCUUCAGUCAAACAUCAGUCCGUGGAGUGUUGGAUUUAGAGACAUUUAGUGCUUUUAUUUUGAUGAGCCGUGGACCUGCCACCUGUCCAGGUGAGUUCAGAGGGUUCAACUGAAGGAGUCUUGAGUUUCAGUGAGAAACUGAAGCCGUUGGCUGCAGCUCUGGUUUCCUAUCUGUGGACGUGACGACGACAGGACAAGGUUCACAGCUUCUUAUCAGUUCUGUGGAGGGGGCGGGGCCAGGACACAGGUGAGCCAGGUGAGCCAGAAGACAGGCGGUCAGACAGACGGAGCCUCAGCAACUGGUUCCUCCAGUUCUGCAGUUUGAGGAUGACGAUGGACUCCAUCCUGUACGUGGACCUUCAGACACCAUGAAGCCGAGCAUCCACUGAUAAGGUGAUCUGGACCUUCUGGACCUUCUGGAAGGGAUCAUGUACGUUCUGUGUACGCUGGCAGUUCUGACGCUCCACAGCCUCUUCAAGAACCACAACAAGGAGUCCGGAGACGUUCAGGAGGCCGGAGUGGAGGAUGGAAGCGGCGCCGAGGCGUCCAGGCGUCGGAGUCGAGGUUCGGUGAAGGUUCUAGAGCGACGAGCUGAAUCCAAACGGAGGCGAGGAGUCGUACGGAACCUUCCAGACACCAGGAAGAGGGUCCAGCCGGUCCAGCGGUCCAGCGCUCUGCUCAGCCCGGCGGUCAUGUUUGGCACCAGAAAGACCUGGGACCUCGGCCACGCCCCCUGCCUGCAGGAGCUCUGGAAGAAAGACGUCUCAUUGGACGCGAGCUCAGUGGACUUCCUGAUGAGUGAUGGUGAAGACGACGCCUCCUUCCUGUCUCUGCCAAGCUCCGCCUUCUCUCAGCGACCGUCACUGAGCGCCAACGAAUCAAACGCACCCAGUCAGCAGCUGCUCAUACAGACUCUUCAAGAUAAAGUCUGUGAGUUUCAGACUCGUCUUCGCUCUGAGGAAGUCGCCCGUCACCUGCUGCUGCAGCAGCUGCAACACGGCGUCCGCGACAGGACGGCCGUCCAGGUGCUGCAGGAGGAGCCGCCGUCAGGUGUGACGGUGUUUCAGCCAGGUGAACCUUCACACCGACUCAGCUGUGCAGACGAAGAGCAGCUCGUUACCCGGCUGCGCACACAGGUGGAGGAGCUGGAGGAGAAGCUGGUGGAUCAGACCCAGGAGGUGGAGAGACUUCGCUCUGAGCUGGGGGCGACAGACCUGGAGAAGCAGCUGGAGCUGCUGCUGGUGGAGAACGAGCGUCUGAAGCAGGAGCUGAAGUCAUGCAGGAGCUCAGAGCUGCAGAAGCUCGACGCUGCUGCAGAAAACUGCAGCCGCUGUCCCCACAGCCAGGAUGCCGACGCCCUGCGGAGGGAGGUGACCCGCUGGGAGAACCAGGCCCGGCAGAGGGAGCGUCGGCUGGCUGAGCUGGAGAAAGAGCUGCUGGAGAAGAGCAGCCGGGUGGAGGAUCUGCAGCGGCAGCUGGACGAGGCCUCCAGGCAGCUGGAGGAGAACGGACGGAGGCAGCUGGAGAACCAGCAGAACCUCAGCCUCCGACUGCAGGAGUGUGAGGACCAGCUGGCCCGGCAGGCGGCCAUGCCCACAGUCCAGUUUGUGACCCAGACGGUGGAGGUGGAGUCGGCCGACGCUCAGAAGGUUCUGGCCGAGAUGCAGCUGAAGAACGGAGCUCUGCAGGAACAGCUGACGGUCCAGAGGCAGCUGCUGAGAGAGCUGGAGACACAGCUGCACGAGUCCCAGAGGACCUGCACCCAGCUCAGGACGCAGAUCCUGGUCUAUGAAGGAGAGAUGGAGCGAGCUCAGGGUCAGCUGGAGGCUGAGAUGCAGAACCUGGAGGAGGAGAAGAACCGGGUCAUCGAGGAGGCGUUUAUCCGAGCUGAGAGCGAGAUGAAGGCCGUCCACGAGAACCUGGCAGGUGUGCGUAUGAACCUGCUGAGCCUACAGCCGGCCCUCAGGACGCUCACCUGCGACUACAACUGUCUGAAGAGGCAGGUGCAGGACUUCCCCUUCAUGCUGGAUAAAGCCAUCUCUGAGGCCAAGCAGGAAAUCUGUCAGGUGAUCAGCGAGGUGAGCAACGCCAACCAGGAGCUGCUGAGAAAGUACAAGAGAGAGAUGAACCUGAGGAAGAAAUGCCACAACGAGUUGGUCCGACUGAAAGGUAACAUCCGUGUUUUCUGCCGCGUCCGGCCGGUCAGUCAGGAGGAGCAGGACUCCGCCGACGCCAAAACCAUGCUGAGCUUCGACUCGGACGACGACGCCAUCCUCUACCUCUCCAACAAGGGCAAGAUCAUGACCUUCGAGCUGGACAAAGUGUUCCCUCCUCAGGCCACGCAGGAGGAGGUGUUUCAGGAGGUCCAAUCACUGAUCACGUCCUGCAUCGACGGCUUUAAUGUUUGCAUCUUCGCCUACGGACAGACGGGUUCUGGGAAAACCUACACCAUGGAGGGCGUGGCCGACGACCCCGGCAUCAACCAGCGAGCUCUGAGGCUGCUGUUCUCUGAGGUGAUGGAAAAAGCUCCAGACUGGGACUACAAGAUCAGCGUCAGCAUGGUGGAGAUCUACAACGAGACGCUGCGGAACCUUCUCGGUGAAAAUCCCACCGACAAACUGGACAUUAAGAUGAAUCCUGACGGCAGCGGACAGCUUUACGUUCCCGGACUGACAGAGAUCACGGUCCAGAGUCCAGAAGACAUCAACCGGGUGUUUGAGCUCGGUCACAUGAACAGAGCCACGGCCUGCACCAACCUGAACGAACACAGCAGCAGAUCCCACGCCCUGCUCAUCAUCACCGUGUCGGGGUUUAACGUCGCCACGGGCAACCGGACGCAAGGUAAGCUGAACCUGGUGGACCUGGCCGGUUCGGAGCGCAUCGGUAAGUCUGGCGCUGAAGGCAGCCGUCUGAGGGAAGCUCAGUGCAUCAACAAGUCUCUGUCGGCGCUGGGUGAUGUCAUCAACGCGCUGCGGGGGAAACACUCCCACGUCCCCUUCAGGAACUCACGCCUCACCUACCUGCUGCAGGACUCUCUGAGCGGAGACAGCAAGACGCUCAUGAUGGUGCAGGUGUCUCCGCUUCCCGCCAACAUGAGCGAGUCCGUCUGCUCGCUGAAGUUCGCUCAGAGGGUUCGCAGCGUGGAGCUCAGCGCCUCGUCACGGAGACACGAGAACUCGUCCACGUCGUCGUCGCCGACCCACGACAGCGUGGAGCUGGACUCCCCCCCGGUCACCCCCGUCCCCCUCCCCAUCUCUCGGGCCAGCAGCGCCGGUUCCACUCUUUCCUCGGCCUCCAGAACUCCCAGCAGCUCCAGGAGACGCUCCCAGUCCCAGCUGUCCACAGGUCUGAACUGUAAAGGAGGAAUUUUCCAGGAAGCGCCGCUGUCAGUCUGUCCUUCUUCUUCUGUGUCCUCAUUCUGUGGUCUGAUUGGUUGGUUUGCAGACAGACAGGUAGACAGAGCCAGCCCAUUGGUGGGGGACGGUGGGCAGGACGACUGAAGCUGACGGCCUGAGAGACGCUGAAGGACGUCCAGGACCUCCUGCAGGGUGUCCACCAACACCCCGAGGUUCAUCACCUCCUCAGCACCAAGGAGCAAAGACUGAUGGGGACUUUCCUGAACACCCUGAGUGAACUUUUACCUCUGUGGCCAAAUGUUUGGAUUGCUGUGAUCCUUCAGAAGUUCUCAGCUCCUCUGUCUGGACUCCCAUCCUCACUAACAUCUUUUACUCAUUUCCAAAAAUCAGUAUAUGCUUUCCAAUCACAGUAUUUCUGUUGUUUCUUUGUAAAGUUGCACUUUAUACUUUGAGAUUAUUUUCCAAGCCGCACUUCCAGAUGUGUUUGAUUCUAAUAUAUGCAUAAAAAGGUUCUGUAUUUAUGUUUGACUUCAUGCUUUAACUUUGAUUUCUGCUUCGUUCUGAUGGACGCUGCUUUCACGCGGCAUUUUUUAGGAUGAUUUUAAACAUUUUGGGAUAAAAACUCAGACUUGUGACUAAGAUGUCUGAACUUUUUCCUCCAAAGAACUGAGAUGAAUCUUUUACGUGUCUUGAAUCCUCCUGUCUUAAUUCUCUGCUGAUCUGUUUUAUUUGGUUUCAUUCAUUUCUGGCUGAGGAUGCAGACACAUUAAAAACUAUUGUUGGGGAUCUUAAAAUGAUGAGAAACAAUUCAGAUUUAUUAUUUACAUCUCUGAAUUUUCCCCAACAAAAAGAUUGCGAUCGUUUUUUGUGUGUCUUGAAUCGUCUCCUGCUCUCUGUCCUCGACCUGAACCUUAUUUUUAUCUUUUAUUUAGUUUUAUUUUGAGUUUUGUUUGUUUGUUUUUAAUCGAGGAUCAGGGCAGCCGAAACAUUCUGGAGAUGGUUGAUCUUAGAAUCUGGUGAUUAAAAGCUCAGAUUUCUUCCUCCAAAAGUUAAGAUUCAUCUGUUAUUGUGUCUUCAAUCUUCUGCAGUUCUCUGGAGGCGAUCAGUGUCCUCAGGUUUAAUCUUUAUUUUGUGUUUUUUUUGUUUUUCUUGUGAUUUUUGUUUCUAUUCAGAGGACAGGAGUAGAUGGAACUUUAAUCUUUACACGUUUCCAACCUUUUUGUUUUAUUUUGGUGGAGAAUGCGGGCGGACGACACGUUUGGAGGAUUGUCACCGUUUUACAGGUUUUUCCUCAUACCACUGAUAAAGCUCAUGUUGUCAUGUGUCUUGUGUCCUUGUCUGUAGUUUCCGGAGGCUCCUGACCUCCUUUAACCAACAGGGUACUCCGCUGGUAGUAGGACGUGAGCAAUACGAGGAAUCUCUGCUGUGUACACGCUUGUUGUGUUUCAGUCUUCUUCUGCUAAUGUGGAUGUCCGUUUUAUUUCGCGCAGAGAAGACAAACCUUUGUCUUCCUUCAGCUUGUUGAAGAACAAAAAGAUGCCCGAAUGCUCUGAACUCUCCUCGACUAUCUCUUCUCGGCUCUUGUCGUGUCUCGGACAGAGCCGCUGCGUAGCCGUCGCCCCGGUGCUGAGCGUUCAGAAGGAAACGUUAGCUGUAGCUGUAGUGAACCGGAAUGCUUAGAAAGCUGCUGUGUUGUUGAGCUGAUGAUCAAACUGUCUGCUUGCUUUGUCUGCUGUAGAUUUCUACAGCUUGUUUUUUGUAUUUCCUUUUUAAUAAACACUACAAAAUAGA